AUGGCAACGAAGCAGCGACAUGCGUUAUCCACAAGGUGGAAAUGGCGUCUAGCAGAUGCCAAUGGCAUAUCGAAAGCAGACAGCAUCCCAGAUCUCAAGACUUGGACUCCGGUUACUGCUUUCCCAUCGGUCGUACAAAUGGAACUCCUCGCAAAGAAAAUCAUUCCGGACCCAAAUCUGGGCGAAAACGAGCGUCAGAUCCAGUGGGUUGGGGGUAUGGACUGGGAGUAUUCCUGCUCUUUUCCGACACCGAACGGUCUCGGUAACUCAAGCAUUGCUGAUUUGGUGUUUGAGGGAUUGGACACAUUUGCAACUGUCUCCUUGAACGGCAGAGAGAUCCUCAAAAGCGACAACAUGUUUAUCCCCUAUCGAGUGGAUGUGACCAGUCACCUGAAUCCUGUGGGGCAAGAGAACGAACUUUUGAUACUCUUUGAGAGUGCCUUGAAGAAGGGUGAUGAAUUGGAGGCUAAGUUUGGUCCUAGAAAACAAAUGAUUCGAGACAAAAGAAGGAACCAUAUUCGGAAGGCACAGUACCACUGGGGCUGGGACUGGGGUCCGAUAAUGGUGACGGCUGGUCCAUACAUGCCCAUCUAUCUGGAGACAUACUCUGCAAGACUGGACAAUGUCUACAUCACCACAGAGCUGGCCGGGGAUCACUCAACAGCCACGCUAACGAUUGGCGUGCAAGCGACUGGACCGCCUGCUAUGGUAGCCAAAGUCACCAUUCUCGAUCAAGCUCUUUCACAAGUGUCACAGGAGUUCGACAUCGCACUGGACAACUCGAAAAAAGGUUCGGCCAGUGUCACUAUAAUAGAGCCCAAACUCUGGUGGCCUAAUGGUCAAGGCCCACAACAUCUAUACAAUGUUUCGGUGUCUCUACUAGACGAAUCCUCGGACCAGCUCGAUGCUAGUACCAUUCGAUAUGGUAUAAGGACCAUCAAAGUGAUUCAACGCCCUCUUGAUAAUGCCCCGGGCAAGACAUUUCUCUUCAAUGUCAAUGGCCGCGAUAUCUUCUCCCAGGGAGGCAACUGGAUCCCCGGAGACAACUUAUUGCCUACUAUGACGCGCGAAAGAUACUUUGACUGGAUUCGACUUUCCAAGUACCACCAUCUGAACAUGAUUCGGGUCUGGGGAGGCGGAAUAUACGAGACAGAGGACUUCUUUGAUGCCUGCGACGAGAUGGGUAUGCUGGUUUGGCACGAUUAUGCAUUUGCAUGUGGUGACUAUCCUGUCCACAAAGAAUUUCUCGACAGCGUCAAAGCUGAGGCCGAAGCACAGACCAUUCGGAUGCGCAACCGCGCCUCACUGGCCCUCUUGUGUGGAAACAACGAAGAUUUCGGGAUCCAGGACUUUUUUGGCGAGCCGUACGAUUUUAAAGACCAUCAAGGACCAUUUGAAAAUAGUACUUUCCCUGCGCGGAAGAUCUAUCUCGACCUUCUCCCGAAGGUCUGCGAGAGCCUGUGUCCUACGAUACAAUACUGGCCAUCGUCUCCUUGGGGCGAAGAGGGUGUCAAUGCAAGUGAUACUACAUUCGGGGAUCUUCACCAGUGGGCUGUAUGGCAUGGACCGCAGCACUCUUACCAGAAAUAUGGAGAACUCUCCGGACGGUUUAUCUCCGAAUUCGGCAUGCACGGGUUCCCCAUCAUGCGUACAGUGGAUGUUUUUGCACCUGAUCCGAAGGACCGUCAUCCCCAAUCUCGCACCAUUGACUGCCACAACAAGGGUCACGGCGCGGAGACGCGUAUUGCUCGGUACUUGUCUGAGAACUUCCGAUAUGAUAUGAAGCUUGAGAAUUUCGCAUACUGCUCUCAGCUCUUGCAAAGUGAGGCAUACGGCUAUGCCUUGCGCGAUUGGAAGCGGAAGUUUGGGGGCAAAGGGAAAGAGGAAUGUGCAGGAGCCAUCAUCUGGCAAUUGAAUGAUGUUUAUCCGGUGACAAGCUGGGCAUACAUCGACUACUACCUCCGUCCGAAACCAGCCUUCUAUACGAUUCGCCGAAACUUUGCCCCCAUUAGUGUCGGCAUUGAACGCACGCCUCGCUCUCGGUGGAUCGACGAAGAUAAGCCCAAAGAUUCAUACAUCCCAAAUUUCGCCCUUUUCGCACACAAUACAACUUCGGACGAAGUUAAGUGCACCCUGGAAAUGAGAGCAUACGACCUUCAUAGCGGAAAGGCAGUUGACUUGAAUUGGGCUGGAGUGAGCUCCGAAGUGAUCUUGUCAGCUGGUUACAAUACCGAACUCGGAAGCCUGAAACCCCAUGCAUCGUGGACCGAGGAAAGUCUGAUCAUUCUUGACGCGAGCCUCAUCGACCCAUCGAGCAAAAAGGUGCUAGCAAGAUUCACUGACUGGCCCGAGCCAUACCGGUAUCUGCGGUGGCCUACCGACACAAGAGUGACGGUUUCCGUCCAGAGCGUGAAGAAUGAUAAAACCAAUACCGACAACGAUACGCAUUUUGAGAAUCUGGUGACAAUCACUGCUAAUCAGCCGCUCAAGGGUUGUUGGCUUGAGCCUGUCUACGACGGAAAUGAAAAAGAGGAUGAGCCCGAGCCGCUGUGGGACGAUAACAUGUUCGAUAUACUGCCAGGACAGGAGGUUGAAGUGGGAGUAAAUGGCCUCAGAGGCAGAAAGGUCAAUGUGCGAUUUCUGGCGGAUUGGGAAGUUGGGCAACAGCUGCCAGCAACAAAUGCAAAAGCACAUCUCUAA